AUGGCCGGGAGAGGAAAAUCCAUCGGCGCUACAGCCGUGAGCAAGAAGUCAACGUCGCGUAGCAGCAAGGCGGGACUCCAGUUUCCCGUCGGUCGAAUCGCUCGUUUCCUCAGAACUGGAAAGUACGCUGAUCGUAUCGGAGGCGGUGCGCCGGUGUAUCUGGCUGCCGUGAUGGAGUACCUUGCGGCGGAGGUAUUGGAGUUAGCCGGAAACGCUGCCAGAGAUAACAAGAAGACUCGAGUUGUGCCGCGUCAUAUACARUUGGCSGUGAGGAACGAYGAAGAACUGAGCAGAUUGCUYGGWKCAGUKACGAUUGCUAAUGGCGGAGUGAUGCCUAGCAUUCACGCUCACCUGCUUCCUAAGAAAUCUUCCAUUGCCUCUUCCAAAGGUGAUGAUUAGGUUUCCGAUUGCUUUACGAUUGAAGCCCUAACUUACCGAAUGACCGUAAUUAGAAUUUUUGAUUGAUUUCUCUGUUAGGUUUUUGUUUCGCAUAGAUUGUGAAUGGAAGAUCUGUGAAAUUUUAUGC